CGCAAAGUAGUGGCUCAUGUCUUCGACCGCGAUGAUUCAGUCGUUGGGUAAUACGAUAAUGACAUAACAAUGUGGUGUCAGUAUGAUUUGCCUAUCGAGUAUCCAGAAUGAAGGCAUGAUCUACUUGAGGGGAAUGAUGACCGUGGUACUCUGGACUCUUCAAAUACAUCAUUAUAACGUUCCAGACACAUCAAAAGAACAUGAUGAGUACAGGACUAUUGGGCGACUAAGAUAUAAAUUCGGGCCGAGUGCACGACAGUGUUGGCAUCACCGCAAUAUUGCACUUGUUGUCUGACCUUUUCGAAUAUUGCACUUGAAAAUAUCUUUCCCCGGUUCAUCCCAUCAAGGUUAGAACAUGGAGAAGAUACUCAUCAAUCAUGCCAGAGACGCGCCGGACGCAGUCGCUGUAAUAGACCAAGGAAGGUCUCUUACAUACGCGGAGCUAUUCUCCGAGUCAAACCACCUCUCUGAAAGACUCAAAGCGGAGAUAGACCCUGGAAGCACCAUCGGGAUUCUCCUAGGCCCCGGAGUCAAGCAAGUCGUUGCUCAAUUUGCCGUGCGCCUGGCGGACUGCGUCUGUGUCCCCAUCGAACCCUCUGUCCCCAAACGGCGCCUCACGGACAUCUUGCAGGAUGCCCAGGUCAAGCACAUUAUCAUGGAAGAUGGACAGCUGGAAUUGCCAGAUUCCAACCGAUUUGACUUUGACAUUGGGCAAAGCCAGCUCGGCACCAAAUUCCAGAACCCCCCAGUCGACAUAACUUCCGAACACAGUCAUAUCCUCUUCACUUCGGGCUCGACGGGAAGGCCCAAGCCAGUCCAGAUCCGAGCGGACGGGAUUCUACACCUGGCCACCGAGACCCCCGCGACUCCAUUGUCGUGCGAUGACCGGGUGGCAUCGUUUAACAACCCCGGAUUCGACCUCAGCCUGUUUGAGAUCUGGGUGACGUUGAUCGCGCGGGCCACCAUUGUGAUAGUCCCCCGUCGGAUUGCCACGGACCCGGGGGCUAUGCCGUCGUUCCUCCAGGAGAAUGAGGUGACCGUCCUGAUUAUCACGGCCGCCUUGUUCAAUAUCAUGGCAUCUGAUCAAGGAGCGUUCCAUACCCUCAAACAUGUCCUCACGGCGGGGGAUGUUGCCAAUGUGCGAGCGAUGAGAGAGGUUCUUGAACACGCCCCCCCGGCUCAUCUUUGGAAUACAUACGGGCCCACCGAGUGCACGACUUUGGCGACCAUGUUGGAGGUAACCUUGGAAGAGACCAAGCGGGACCGCAUCGGCAUUGGAGGACCCGUUGGUCAGAUGGAGGUAUUCCUGAUAGACCACAACGAAAACCCCAUUCACCAGAGUGGCCAGCCAGGAGAAAUCUGCAUCAGCGGGCCACAGCAAACCAGAGGGUACCUGAAUCGCCCCGCGGAGAACAAGAAGUGUUUUCUGUGCAAACCACGCAAGGAACUCGUCCCUGGCAAGAAUGAGAUGCGAAACCAUGAGACGGUUCGACUGUACCGAACCGGAGACAUCGGGGAAUGGCGGCCUGGCUCAGGAAACCUCGACUUCGUGGGCCGGUCCGAUACUCAAGUGAAACAUAAAGGGUUCCGGGUGGAAUUGGGGGAGGUCGAGCGGGUGCUGCACAGCUGUGAGGCAAUACGGGGGGCGGUGGUGAUCCAACAGCCUCCCCAGUCGGAUGAGGGAAUGCCGGUGCUGAUCUGCUUUGUUCACUUGAAGCCAUCCAGUCAAUUCGGUCCGGAGAAUAUCUUGGACUUUGCUCGCGAUCGGCUUCCCUCGUACAUGGUUCCUGAAGCGGUGGAAAUCGUGGCCGAGUUCCCUCUGACCCCGCAUGGCAAGGUGGAUCGCAAGGCAUUGUUGGAAACUCGACUCAAGAGACUCGAUCACAAGGCAUCUGAUGAUGGACCAAACGGGACCAGUCAUGUCCAGGAGCAGAGGGCCAUGAUCCACGAUUUCUGCAAGGAAAUCCUGGGUGUGGCCGAUAUCCACGACCACGAUGACUUCUUCCAACGGGGAGCCACGUCUCUCCAGGCGGCUGCGCUUCUCGCGUUGAUCCAAGACCAGCUUGGGUGCAGUGUGUCGAUGGAGGACCUCUACUGCCAUUCCACCGUGUCGGAUUUGGUGCACCUGGUUGGCCAGGUGGCAUCCCCGACCGAUGCACCCGAUCACACUCGCCAGUGGAUGGAGGAUAUUAACCAAGUGGACCAGAUUGAAGUGAUGCCUCACUGGGAAUCCGCAUCCGAGGGCAAGGUGUUCCUAACGGGCGCCACGGGCUUCGUUGGGGCUCAUCUCCUUCAUCAUCUCCUGAAUCGCCCGAUGGUGAAGCAAGUCGCAUGUCUCUGCCGGCCCCGCGCGCAUCCGAGUGCUGCUGAUCGCAUUCAAAAGGCCCUGGAGCGGUAUGACCUGUGGAAAAGCUGCCAGGAUAAAAAACACAAACUAUUCAUGAUCGAGGGAGACCUGACGCAGGACCAGCUGGGCCUGGGACCGGAUCGGUACGACUGGCUCGCCAACUGGACCUCGAUCAUCUUCCAUCUCGGGGCCAAGGUGGACUUUUGUCAGUCAUACCGCGAGCACUAUGCAUCGAAUGUGGUCGGCACGUGUAAUAUCCUUCAAUUGGCUGCCGCUGGGCGCCGGAAAGGACUGCAAUACCUCUCGUCCAUCGACGCGUGGGGCCCAACCGGGUUUGUGCUGGGGACGAAGGAGCUCUACGAAGACGGCCCCCUGGAGCCCCAUGCGCAGGCGCUGCGAUAUGAUCUGGGGUAUGCGCAGAGCCAGUGGGUGGCGGAGGGCAUGGUGCGUCGCAUGCGAGCCCGGGGGUUGCCGAUUGUCAUCCAUCGACCCGGAUUUAUCAUUGGGCAUGGGGGAACGGGGGAAAGCAACCCGGAUGAUUUCGUGUCUCGCCUGAUUGUCGGGUGCAUCCAGCUGGGCGUUUUCCCCCGGCUGGACCAACGGUUGGAGUAUGUCACGGUGGACUAUGUCAUCGCGGCGGUCAUGCACAUCGCUGCCUCGCCCCAGUGCCUGGGCCAUUCGUAUAGCCUGCUCUCGCCGGACCAGCGACAGUCGGCCACGCUCCAGGAUACUUGUCGGAUCAUCAACGAGGCCGGGUAUCGGGUCCGGUUGAUUGACUACAAGGACUGGGUGCAGGAAGUGGCCGCGAAACAACAACGGGAUGGCCCUCUGGCGCCGUUGCAGCCCAUGUUCCGGGAGCGCGUGCUGGGGGAUUUGACGCGAUGGGAGGCCAGUCAACGGUCGCCCCGGUACCGCUGCGACAAGACCGUCCAGGCCCUGCAGGACCGACCGGAUAUUCGAUAUCAGCCUUUUGACGCGGCGAUGCUGCAGCGAUUUAUCGCGUUUUGGAACCGGAAAGGGUUCUAUGCCAUCUAAUUCGGGUCUGUCCAGUGUCCACGGGGACGAUGCUUAUCAGGGAGAUAACCGAAUCCACCAUCCAGUGGAGGGGUUUUCCACACCGCCAGCGACGCGUUGAUCUCUCAGUCUCACGCCCAUGA